AUGAGCUAUUACUUAAAUAUGUGAUUUUCAUAAAACGAAACCAAAAACAAUAAUACACUCUUUGCAUAAAAAAGUUAUUAAUUUAUAAUAGAAAGUAUCAAAAUAGUGGAAUAUGAAGUUUAAAAUUCAUUCAUAUUGAUAAUUAAAUUCUUAAACAAUCAAGAAAGUUAAUUACAAUAUUAAAAAUUUAGAAGUUCGAUUAAAGGAUCAAAUAAACAUAGAAAAAAAUAAAUUAUCAUAUUAAAUUAAACUGACAUCAGUAUAAAUUAGAGAUUUUAUCUAAAAUAUUAUUUCAAUAAUUAUCUAAGUAACUUUUAGCACUUCAGAAAUUAUUGAAAAACUAUUUAGAAUCCUGGAGGAAAUUCAAGAAAUUUUAUUAAGAAUGGAAAUAUUAAUUGAUUCCAAUAGAAACCUGAUUGCUCAUUUUAAUAUCUCAUUGGCAUUUCAGCAAAAAUUUUUAAAGUUGGUUGUGGAAUGGUCUUUGGAAAACCAAUUUUGAAUAUUUUGAAAGGUGUAACUGAAAUUGCUUUGCCAUUUCCAUUAGGGCUAACAUAAAACUAGAAAGCAAUUUAAUGAAUUGAAAUGUUUUUUUGAAAAAUAGUAAAGGUAAAUUGAUUAAAAUCUUACUAAGAGUAUUGAA